UUGCAUUUUUAUUUAUUUAGUCGCAUACACAUCGCCGCUCAUUUUGGUUACCGUAAAUACGUAUGUUCCACUUGCGAAUUUUCGCACACAAAGGAGAUCUUUGUCGAAACACACAUUCGCAAAUGUCAUAACCGAAUAGGAUCUGUGCUACAAAGAGACGAUCCUGUGAUAGAAUCCAGUCGCAUACACAUCGCCGCCCAUUUUGGUUACCGUAAAUACGUAUGUUCCACUUGCGAAUUUUCGCACACAAAGGAGAUCUUUGUCGAAACGCACAUUCGCAAAUGUCAUAAUCGAAUAGGAUCUGUGCUACAAAGAGACGAUCCUGUGAUAGAAUCCAGGAUCGAGGAUGUGUGCAAUGAUAGUAUAUCGAUGACAAGAGAUGUUUUAAGUGGUCAUUAUGAGGAAAAUACCUAUGCAAGCUAUGCAAAUAUGUGUACGAUGGAAUUAGCGGGUACAAGCUCCAAUGGGCCUCAAAUGAAUGAGGACGUUGUGCAAAUAAUUGUUGAUUAUGUAGCUGAUGAUUGUUUUGUGUGUGAUCCACAUAUUUAUUGGACAAACCUUGCGCUCAUAAAAUUCGUGCACUUUUACCUUGUGGGUCUAGGCUACCAAGAUGAAAUUUCUUGGUACAGAAUAUCGUUUUCUAGGAAAUCAUCGAUUCUCAAGCUUGCUCCUGAUCCCUUCUUUGUUGGCACAUUUGAGCAUAUAUAA